AUGGUGCCCCCAGUAUUCGGCAUCCGCCAUUUGCGGCCCCUGACAUCGCCAUCAGCUUCAGCAGCUUCCAGGCCUGUUUCCACUUCUACUUCAAUUUCUGCUUCACAUACUGCGACAGCAUUGGCUAGAGCUGAAGAUGCAGCAUUAGCUAUAUCUAAAGCGUCUACAGCUAUCACGACUACUACCACCCCUCGCAGGUGCCGCCAUACUGGUCACCCACUGUAUCAUGGCUUCUCAAUCCGCCCAUUUCCACCUCCCGCAUCUCCUUGUCACCCUCUCCAAACUAGGGGUAAAAAGACCUCCACCACCAUAAAGCUAUCCGAUUUGCCCCAGGGUCUAAUUCAGCCGAAGCCCGUAUCACCUAAACAAACGUCAUCAGAGGCUUCAUCUCCCCACGAUGAGACGACAGAGUCUCUGCUGCAGCCGCUGCCGUCGUUGCACCUGGAUCCUCCCGCCUACCCUACCGUGGUUCUUCAGGCUCGUCAGAACAUGCUAAAGUUUGACAACUGUGUGCUAUUAACAAGGGUGGGCGGUUUUUAUGAGCUCUACUUUGAACAUGCGGAUGAAUAUGGGCCCUUGCUCAACAUCAAGGUUGCUAACAAGAAAACAAAUGCUGGUUUGGUUUCUAUGGCAGGUUUUCCUUUCUUCCAACUUGACCGGUUUCUUAAAAUUCUCGUUCAAGAUCUCAACCGUCAUGUUGCCAUUGCCGAGGAGUUUCCAAACUCCCCUUCAGCAAAGGUCAAGUCAGGUGGGCUGAUGCAUGAUCGCCGAGUCACACGUAUUGUUACUCCAGGUACUCUGAUAGACGAAAACUUUAUGGAUCCCUACGCAAACAACUACGUGAUGGCAAUUCAUAUCGACGGAAACAUUGCACCUACAGAAACUACUGCGGAAAUACAUAAAGACAUCGGCCGAGUGUCGGCUCCAGUGGGGGAGCUUGCGGACCACAAUUCCGUACCCGAGUCUGGAUCAGCCCAUUCAACGCCGUCAGCUGUUGGCGUUGGCCGAGAUGGAGGGCAGCCUCAGGGGCUCCAAGACUCCAUGCCACUCGGUCUGGCAUGGCUCGAUCUUUCAACCGGCCACUUCUGUACCCAACAGGCCAAUCUCACAUCCUUACCAGCGAUCUUAUCCCGACUGUCUCCGCGCGAGCUCCUUCUGGACCAGGACCUGCAGGCGUUCCCCGAUCACGGCAUCUUUACUCUCCUCGCUGAGGACCGUCACAUCAUUUCAUACGCACCACCACCUCAUGAUUCUUCCUUGCUAAAUCCGGCAGAGUGGACGCCCAUGCUUGAGUCUGCCCUGUCUGGGGAUGAAGCAAGUGCUUUCUCUUCCGCUGAGGUACAUGCUGCCGGCUUUCUACUGGGCUAUGUUAAGGAUCAGUUACAGGGCGCGAGCAUGAAAUUGCAGCCCCCGCUGAGAAGCGAAAACGUACAGAUAAUGGCCAUUGACAAAAACAGCCUGCGUGCUCUUGAAGUAAAGCAAACCAUUCGUGAUGGCGCGUUUCGAGGUAGUCUCUUGCAUGCCAUCCGUCGUACUGUAACCAAGAGCGGUGCUCGGCUUCUCAAUGAAUGGCUGAGUGCGCCUUCGACCUCCCUUGAGCUCAUCACUGGUAGGCAAGACCUCGCCGCUUUAUUCAUUGAUGACCCAAACCUCAGUGACUCAGUAAUCAUCUUGCUGCGGAGGAGCUAUGACUCUCAGCGCCUUGUUCAGAAGUUCACUCUUGGCCGUGGUGACGCUGACGAUCUUUUGGCCUUGGCCAGUACUAUUGACGCGACCAAGGAGAUCGUAGACCUGCUGAAGAAGGCCAAUACUGCAUCUCGCAAGGCCAAAUCCCCCUGUUUGACUUCUAUGAUAUCUCGAAUUGACAUGACCAGGCCGCUGAAGCUUGCUCAACGUAUCAGGGAUGCUAUCGAUGAGGAAGGAAUUGAGUUACAGCAUGAAGCUCAAGACUCCGAGGCUAGCCAGAUGCUAGCUCUCGCUCAGGAUGUCGCCAGCAAUGAAGGAUCACAGGAUGAUAUAGCAUCUCUUCCCAAAGGCAAACGAAAACGACCCGUCAGUCUUCGAGAUUAUUAUGCUGAAGAUAACGAAACCUGGAUCAUGAAGCCUGCUGCCAGUCCAACCUUGAAACGACUUCAUGCAGACCUGGCAGCUUUGAUAAAGGAAAAGUCAGAACUUAACGAGACUCUCAUCGAACGCCUCAAUGCUCCGACUUUAUCUCUCAGAUGGACGCCUGGACUCGGUCACAUUGCUCACAUCAGGGGCAGAGACGCACGGAAUCUCGUCGAUGUGCAAGCGCUUUCGUCCAGCCGUUCCACGCGAUCUUUCCAUAUCACCGAAUGGACACAUCUAGGACAGCGACUCGACCAAGUUCGUGCCCAGAUCCGUGCCGAAGAACAAGCUGUUUUCCACUCCCUCCGAGAACAUGUCAUCAAGAAUCUCGUUAAGCUACGCCGUAAUGCCAACGUCCUUGACGAACUCGACAUCGCAACGUCCUUCGCUAAACUUGCUCAAGAGCAAAGCCUCGUUCGACCAAUCUUGAACAACACGACUAGUCACAUUAUCGUAGGUGGGCGGCAUCCCACCGUUGAAGGUGGUCUUUUUGAGCAGGGACGAAGUUUUGUGCGCAAUGACUGUUUGGUUGGGUUACCUAAGGAUGGUCGCGUUUGGUUCAUCACAGGUCCCAAUAUGGCAGGCAAAAGCACGUUUCUACGCCAAAACGCUCUCAUCACGAUAUUGGCUCAGAUUGGCUGCUACGUGCCUGCGUCAUACGCAGAGCUCGGGAUAGUAGACGCCAUAUUUAGCCGCGUGGGCUCAGCCGACAACCUCUAUCAAGAUCAAAGCACCUUUAUGGUAGAGAUGCUGGAGACGGCAGCUAUCCUCAAGCAGGCAACGCCCAGGUCUUUUGUCAUCAUGGAUGAAAUUGGUCGAGGUACUACACCUGAGGAUGGCACAGCUGUCGCAUUCGCAUGCCUCCAUCACCUCGCAACUGUCAAUCAAUGCCGCACCUUGUUUGCAACACACUUUCAUUCUGUGGCAGACUUGGCUGCAGCUGAGGGGCUGUGCUCGACUGAGAUGGACGAGACAGGCAUUGUUCAAACGUAUUGCACUGACGUAGUGGAGGAUGGUCAAGGAGGCUUCUUCUACAAUCACAAACUACAGAAAGGCGUCAACAGACAAAGUCACGCACUCAAAGUUGCAAGAUUGGCUGGAAUGCCAGAUCGAGCUAUUGAUAUGGCGAGACGGGUAUUACAAGAUGGACACCUGGAGGAUCCAGUCAAGAGUUAA